AUAGGAAAUUUUUCAAGUAUGAAAUUUCCCAAUGGUGAAAUUUCCAACAUUUAUAAGUCUAAGAAAUUUUAAGGUUUACAGAGGGCUUGUCCUGCCCUUCUAGGGCAGCUCUCCAGCCUCUGACCCCCACCUGACACCCAGCUCUCACUUGUGGCUCCCAGGAGGUGCUAGCAUGCGGUAGCGGCCAUACCCUGGGCAAUGGCUUUGACAGGCCAGCUAAACCUUGUGAGGGUAGCCAUUGGGUCGUCGUGGACCCCUGGUGAACCAGGAAUUUGCACACCCAGACGCAGCAACAGCAACACACUGUGGAGUGCUUAGGGCGUGUGGGAGCACAAAAGACAACACGGCCAUCCAAUGAAGCUGAGGAAGUCUCCAGGUGUAACGACGUACCAAUGGACCCAGGCUUCCAAUGCUGAGAGAGUGGGACUGCCUCUGUGCAUCGACUUUUCCACUUAAAUCUCCUUCACGCACAGGUGUCUUUGUGCACACUCAUCUAUCCUACAAUAGAUGAAAACGCACAAAGACAAUCGUCAUCCUCGGUUACCGAGAGACUACUACUAAAGAGUGAUUUUUGACUAUUUAAUAGUUCUGUAUUUUUUCUAGUUGACAUUAAUGGAGGUCCCACUGAUAUCUGAAGUCCCAGCUGCCUGAGCCCUGCUAAUGAGGACCCCGAGACUUGAGGCACCUCACACAACCCAUUUGGGAUUGGGUCAAGAGUCCGGUUAGCAAGGGCCAGGUAAGUGGCUCUCGGAGGUGGGACUCACAUCUCGUGUUUGGGAGUGACUUGCUCUUUAAUUAGGGGAUUAUUAGUUGGGCUUCUGUGGGGUACACAGAGCCCCAUUGCCCAUAGACCCCCCGGGCGCUAUCGGACAUGAGUAACAGCUUAUCUGCUGUCCCCCCAUAAAAGGUGGGGACAGUCAGAAGCCCGAAGAACCACCUAGAAAUACAGCCGCAAGUUACAUGGUUUCGAAGUAUGGACCUGAUGCAAGCAAGUAUUUAGAUAAAUGACAAACGGUGACAAGGGCCAAUCCAAAUGUAAGCUGGCCAAGGUGGGGUUCAUUUAAUGAGGAAAAGAUAUUGUUUCUACAAUCUGUUUUAAGCGAAGCAGGUCCAGAGAUUGAAGAACAAAGAGAAGCCUUCAACCAAUGGCUGGAGGAAUGCACCCGAAGAAAAUCCAGGUCAGAACGGUCAUAAACUGGGAGAAGGGUAAGAACCAGAGAGAGGUGAGGGCAGGAGAGCAGGUCAGAGGCGUGAAUGGUUGGCUGAAAGCUUUGAAUGGGAAACUCCGGAGUGUAAGAGCCUGAGUGUUCAACUGAAAGUCUGGGUAACUGCUUUAAGUUGAUUAAUAGAGAAAAUUUCUUCAUGAAUUGAAAUGCCAUGGCUUGAAGUUUAAAUGGUUAUAAAGUUUUGCAAAAAAGCUUCUCAUAGAAGCUUAAGAACUUAAGUUCUGGAUUUCUUCUCAAAAUUUUCUAUGGGCUUUUGUUUAUAUUGUAUGUCUAAUGGAUUUCUUAGGCGGAGACUUCACUAAUAAUUUCAAAUGCUUGUGAUUUAAACAUUAGCAAACAAUGUCUGAAAGAUGUUAACAAUGAAUUCCUCCCAAAAGUUUGAAGAGGCGAGACCAGAGUUGGCAAUUUGGAUAUAGGAAUAUCCAGCAGGAGACAAAAGGAGGUCCAGAAAAAGGUCUUAAUUUUUUUCCUCCCAAAGUUUUGGUAUGGUUAAUCUGUGAAAUAUUUUGUAUCAAGUGCAGUUAAUAUUGGCAAUAAGAUGCAUUUUAUUCUAGGUAUUAACUUGGUUAUUCGAGUGCUAUAAUUUCACUUUUUUUUCAAGCUGUUAAUUGUUUUCAAAUAGCAAGGUUUUUCUGAAAUGCAUGUGUGUGAGUUCUGGAUUAAAGAAAUUUCAUUUUAGGAUGGUCAACUACAGACCUGACUGGUCAUUGAAUUGUUGAAAAUGACGAGAAAUAUUAGGGAAAGGCAUCGCUUUAAAUAAUAAGGAAACCCUGAACGUUUUUAAACACAAAUUUCCUCUCUAGCUGGGGCUUUAACCUUAGGCCAAAGUGGUUUUUGAGGCAAGGCUAAAAGAAAGGCAAAUUUGGAGACAAAAGUAAAUUAGAGUUAAGGUAAAAAAGGGAAAGGAAUAGUAGAGGUAUUCAUAGUUAAAGGUAAUUUUUAAGCUUUUCUUAGUAAUCCUAAAUUUUGUGUUUGGAGGAAAAAUGUUAUGGGUUUUAGUUUCUGAAAAAGUAAACUAUAACCUGAUUUUUUGAAUUUUUAAAGUAAAUUUGCAGAGUGCAACCAUUACAAUAGAUAGAUUUUUGUUUUAAAAGACCAGUGAAUACAGAUGACCAAUUUUACUUUGUAAAUGGAGAGAACUAAUGGUUUUGCGAGCAUUAUUUCAGAUGAUCAUUGGCACAUGACAGCUAAUAGAGAAGGGAAUUUCUCACCUGGGAAACUCUUAAGAAAUUUCUAGGAAUGCCUUGUAUUUUGCCACCCCAGUUCUGGAGUGUAGGUGAAGUGAUUAAAACCUAUUAAAGUUUUAUUUCAAGACGUUUCUUAGGAGCCAAAAGCCUGGACCAGAUUUUCCUGCAGCCUAGAAUCUGAAGGAUUCCUGAAGACAUCUCUAUGAGAAAUCCGAAGGAGCCCCCAAGAUACUGAAUCUGGAUAAGUAUUUUUUCUCAUCAUUUUCAUUGACUUUAGAAAUAUUUCUGUAGCAGACAUAAAACUGGCCAUUUUAUUUCUCCUGAGAAUUUUAUUUACCCUGAGCAAAGUUCAUUUAAGUAGAGAACCAAGAAAGGACAGAGCUAUUCCCCAAAGUUAGUCGAAGUAGGAAAGUUUAAAAUAGGAGCUUUUUACCUGGUUAAGAGGUUUGAAAGUAAAAUCUGUUAAUUUGAGAAGUUGCAGCAAAGACUCCAGAGUGCUAGUGUUAUGGGGUAUAGAUGUGUACCCCUGGGGUUCGGGAAAGAUACUUUUUGCAAGAAUGCAAGACUCCAAAACUUAGCUUAAAAACAAAAAGAGAAAUUUAUUAAUUUAGGAGGUAAUGUUGAGAAUGGCCAGGAGGAUAGCAAGGUGGAACAGCAAGAUGGGGAGCAGUUCCUUGGGAGGACAGCAUGAAGGGAAAGGCUGUUCCCCAUGAGGACAACAUGGAAGAAAAAGCUGUCCCCCAGACGAUAUCAGUUCUGGGGAUUUUAUACUCUUUACAACAGAUGCUGUCAUGGUGACCUAGAGUGCUAGUCACUCAGGAAUUUGGUGGGGUGAGGUGGUCAUCUGACUGGGGUCUGCCUGGAGGCAUAAAGAUUCCUUAACAAACAGAUAUCUUGAGGUGCAGCCUGGAGGUGCAUCUCUCUGUCCAUAAUAAUUUGCCUGAGUUUCUGGGGGUACAAUGCCCAGGUCACUAGUUUGUCUCAAAGUAGUAUUGACAUGGGCACUGUACCCCAGAAACUCAGGCGAACUAUUAUUAGGGAAACUCCCUUUCUCCCUUCCAUCCUUGUUACUUUGAACCUGGAAACACCCAAUGACCCUCCCUUAGGGUCCUGAGAUGACUAUCUACCUUUGAACAUCAUCUAGAUUUAAAAUGGACAAAGAGAUGAAUCUUUUAUUCCCCCAGGCAGACCCCAGUCAGAUGACCACCUCACCCCACCAAAUGCCUGAGGGCUUACCACUCUAAGUCACAUCCCCACCAGGAUAUAGCAUCUGUUGUAAAAAGUAUAAAAACCCCAGAACUGAUGUCGUGGGGGGGAACAGCCUUUCCUUUCAUGCUGCCCUCCCAAGGAACUGCUCCCCAUCUUGCUGUUCCACCUUGCUAUCCUCCUGGCCAUUCUUAACAUUACUCCCUAAACUAAUAAAUUUCUUUUUGUUUUUAAGCUAAGUUUUGGAGUCUUGCAUUCUUGCAAAAAGUAUCCUUCCCGAACCCCAGGGGUACACCUCUACCCCAUAACAGUAUCAGAAGAAGUUAGGAAGAAUGAUGGAGCCAAAAAUAAUUGUUAGUAAUAGAAGAUAAAUUUAUUUUAAAUCUGGAGCAUGGUUAGUGAGAAUUGCCAUCUAAGGGUGAAUUGUAUGGGAAGAUAAUUGGGAAAAGAAAUGCUAUGGAGGAAAUUGGUUAUUGAUACAGUCACAAGGAUGAAUGGAAGGGCUAAGUUUCUGUCAAGUUCUACAGAUGAUUCUGAUCAUUGCCAAUUUACACAUGGCAUUAAUAUUCCAAAUUAUGGGAGCUAUUCUCCCUCAUUUUAAGUUACUUCCCACUUUUCUCCUGUUAAUAGCAAAUUUUCGGUAUGAUGAAAGGAGCCUCGGGAUGACAAGGUGUAGAAUAUGGAAAUUGGGGAGGCAGAUAGAAAUUUUAGCCAUUAUGAAUGAGUAAGCAAAAACUACUCAGACUCUACUUUAGAAGAUUUGAUUAAGCUAUUCCCUAUUUUUUAACAAAUGAAGAUACUUAGUCAGGAAUGUAUUGAGAACUUUUAAAAUUACUCCACCCUACUCAGACAGUGCCUUAGGGUAAGAUAAAGUAAUAAACUCCUGAUUGAACAAUGAAAGUCCCCAACUCACACCUUAUAGUAAAGCCAAAAUCUUAAGCUAGGUGGCCUAUUUUUAGAUCUAAUACAAAAGGGUGCUAAGUACUUAUAAAGGUUAAAUUAAUCACUAAAAGGUCAAGCAACUUACAAAAGGCAAGCUUAACAAAAGAGGUGUGAAGUACUCGGAGGAUUUAAUCUAACCAGAGAAGGUGAGAACCAAAGAAGAUGAGAACUAAGAAUGAGCAGUCCUGGGAAAAAGCGUCUACUGUGAUUGGUUGAAGUGAAAAUUUAGGGGAGGUGACAUAAGAGAAAAAUUCUUUAAAAGGAAGGGGUAAAAGGUAAUUUAGUAGUUGGAAUUUGGAGUUGAAGUGAGGGAGAUUUUGAAUUCAGUUUGGAGGAUGAUUUCAGUUCGGAGUGAAAGAACCCAGCUUGGAGAUGAUCUUGUAGUGAGUGAUAAAGACUGAUUUGCUCUCCCUUAAGCUCAGGCCUAGGCCUUCCCUUAAUUCGUUCAUUUUUAUUAAUUAAAAUCUCCAUAAAUCCCAGCUGACUUUGGUAUUUUUCAUAUUUGGGAAUUUCCCAUGGUGACCACUUAUUUAGAUUUUAAGUCAAAACACUAAAAUUAUCCUUUACAGUUUGGCCAAAACCUUUACUGAGUUUGGCAUUUACAGUUUUUAACAUUACAGUGGCUAGGAAAACUAAUUAAUCCAUUCCAUAGCCAAUCCAUAGGCAGAAGUUCAAUGGUAAAUGAGUCCUCAUUGCCAAUGAAUAAAUACUCAGGAAAAUGAAAUGUGUACCCAAAACUAAUUUAGUUAAGGCUACAACUCAGUCAAGUCAAAAGAAUUAUUUUAACAAAAUUUUUAUCUACAGACUUUACAUUAGCUGACUCAGUUACAACAUUAUUUUUAUUCAUACUAGGUAAUAGGUAAUAGAAGUAAAAAGCCUAAGUUAUGUAAGCAUGGUUAUAGUUGUUCAGUAGUUAAAGAUGAAUGAAAACAGUUGCAAAAUCCCUCGCAUCUCAACCUCCCGAAAGGGGUGUGUGUGAGGUGUGUGAGAGGUUUUUAAAAAUAAGGAAAAUUUAGAAGCAUUUUUAAUCUUGAGAUUUUUGGAGUUCAUUUCAAUAUUGAAACUUAAAUUUGACUUUAAAAAUAGUUUUAAACCUGAAAUUGCCAUGUAGUCAUUUUAAUGUGGUUUUGGUUUAAAAGUUUACUUAAUGUUGGAUGAUAUUUUAACUUUGGGCCACAAACAGGAGGUAGGGUCACUUCCAGAUUUACAAAGUCUUGAAUAGCCUGUAAUAUGGAUUUUGUUUCUGCCUUUAUACUUCUAUAGUUUGUAGGGUUGCCUUUUUGUAAUUAUUUUGGUAGAGUGUGCAAAUUACAUAAUUUUAUAAGUGAGGAAAAGACAUUACUAAAAUUAAUAAGAUGGGAUUGCAGAUUUAAGAUUAGCAGCAUGGAUAAUCUUUGUAGUGAAUAAGCAUAUAUGGAGUUGACAAAGUCCUGUUAAAGAACAUGUUUAUGGAUUUCUCUUAGUUUUCUCUUACAGCAGCAAGGGAGCUGUCUGAUACAAAAGGAGGAAUCUGCAGGAGGACAGAAGUCUUCCAGAGAGGAGGCUGAAAGCAUCAUCAGGACCCACCAGAUUCAAGAGACUUAAAGACUUUGGGGAAAUGGGGUAGUGUUUUGACUAUUAGUUUUUGCCAAGGGCAGACUGCCUGCCUUUCUGGCUCAAAUGUCAAUGCCCUGGAGGCAUUGGGAAAUGCCCACAAAUGCCAAUUGUCCAAACCUGUAUCCUUGGGUUUUCUCAUCCUUAGGGAUGGAGUCCAAUCUCAUAUAGCAUUACCCAAUUGUCCAUUUGUUUGGUCAGCAACAUUCAGUCUUGACCAAAAGGGGUGUGUGUCAACAUGGAAUCUAGGAAUUCCAAACUUGUUAUCUAGUGAAAUCUAAUGAACCUCAAUUUUCAGGACUAGCUUAUAGAUUGGAGACCCCAAAGUUGUACUUGUCCCUUGUUCCCAUGGGAACCUACCUUGCAGGGAAUCCCAAAUUAGCAAUUUGAGACUGAGUGGGAGACCCUCAGAGAAAUGACAAUCCUGCUUGGGUGAGAUUAGCCCUAUAUAAGAACAAAGGUUCACGAGCAGCCUGUGACAACUACAGAGGCAUCUCACUACUCUCCAUUGCUGGAAAGAUCCUCGCCCGUGUCAUACUCAACAGACUCCUGUCAUCUGUUUCAGAGCAGAACCUGCCUGAAUCACAAUGUGGCUUCCGACCAGAUUGCAGCACCAUCGACAUGGUCUUCACGGUGAGGCAAAUGCAGGAAAAAUGCCUUGAGCAGAACCUGAGUCUCUACAUUGUCUUCAUAGACCUGACAAAGGCGUUUGACACAGUGAACAGGGACGCAUUGUGAGUGAUCCUCAGCAAGCUCGGUUGCCCAGCAAAAUUCGUCAAACUGAUUCAGCUCUUUCAUGUCGACAUGACAGGGGAAGUCCUAUCUGGUGGAGAGACUUCCGAUUGCUUCAACAUCUCCAAUGGCGUGAAAUAAGGCUGUGUCCCCCCUCCGGUACUAUUCAACCUAUACUUCACCCAAGUAUUACGACAUGCUGUGAUGGAUCUAGACCUGGGCGUCUACAUCAAAUACCGACGGGAUGGCUCACUAUUCGACCUUCGCCGCCUGACUGCAAAAAAAAAAAGACAAUAGAGAGACUCAUCCUGGAAGCUCUCUUUGCAGAUGACUGUGCUUUCAUGGCCCACCAAGAAAAUCAUUUCCAAACCAUUAUGGACAGGUUUUCUACUACAACAAAACUGUUUGGCCUGACUAUCAGCCUCAGCAAAACAGAGGUGCUGUUCCAACCUGCACCAAGGAGGCCAACGAACCAGCCAUGCAUUACAAUGGACAGCACGCAGCUUUCUGAUUGUCAACACUUUCAAGUACCUGGGCAGCACCAUCGCCAACGACGGGUCCCUAGACCACGAGAUCAAUGCCAGGAUCCAAAAGGCCAGCCAGGCACUCGGGCGGCUGCGCUGCAAAGUCCUCCAACACAGCAGUGUAAGCACUGCGACGAAGCUCAAAGUGUACAACGCAGUGGUCCUCAGCUCGCUCCUGUAUGGUGUGAGACAUGGACACUGUACCGGAAGCACAUGAAGCAGCUGGAGCAAUUCCACCAACACUCCCUCUGGUCAAUCAUGAGGAUCCGAUGGCAGGACCGAAUCACCAACCAGGAAGUCCUCGACAGAGCCAACUCCACCAGCAUCGAAGUCAUGGUCCUCAAAAUCCAGCUACGAUGGUCUGGACACGUCAUCCGCAUGGACCCACAGCGAAUACCAAGACACGUAUUCUAUGGUGAACUGUCAGCUGGACUCAGGAAACAAGGCCGACCAAAGAAAAGAUUCAAGGAUCAGCUAAAGUGCAACUUGAAGUGGGCUGGCAUUACACCAAAGCAACUAGAACUCGCUGCCUCUGACAGAAGCAGCUGGCGAACCCACAUUCACCAUGCUGCCACCACCUUUGAAGAUGAACGACGUCGACGUCUUGCCGCUGCGCGUGAACGCCGACACCAGGCCACAACCGCACCUCCCAUAACAACUGGCGUCCCAUGCCCCAUGUGCCACAAACUGUGUGCCUCAGCCUUUGGACUCCAAAGCCACAUUAGGGUACAUCAAUAGAUGAUAAUGCACAAAGACAAUAGUCAGUCACCGAGAGACUACCACUAUAAGGACCCUCUUUGUUUUAGUUGAUGACAACCUCCAGGAAUUGAUACAAAGUGAAAUGAGCAGAACCAGGAGAACAUUGUACAUAGAGACUGUGUUACACUGUGGUAUAAUCUCCAGUAGUGGCAAUGCAGUAUUCCUGAACAUCCCGGAGGGAUUUACAAGAAAGAACACUAUCCACAUUCAGAGGAAAAACUGGGAGUAGAAACACUGCAGAAAAACAACUGCUUGAUCACAUGGGUCGAGGGGGAUACAAUUGGGGUUAUAGACUCUAAAUGAUCAUCCUAGUGUGAACAUCAACAACAUGGAAAUAGGUUCUGAUCAAGGAUACAUGUUGCAUUGGCUAUGGGAA